AAGAUGGACAGUUGUUCAAAGCCUGGAUUGGAUUGUUGCCUUGUGGAAGUGAAUAUAUUGCUAUCAACGCACUCCUACAUUCUCUCCCUACUCUUAGUUCUCUAGUCGUUACAAAGCUAUAUUCAACUCGACCUAAAACCUCUAUCUUACGACUACCUCUAUUCUCGCCGCCAAAACCCAACGUCCAAACACUCCAAAAUGCCAACCCCAAUCGAUCGCGCAACCCAUCUGAAGGCUCCCUUCUUCGCCUUCGCGGCGAUCAUAACCGGAGUAGCUGCAUGGAGCAUUUGGGGCGGCGAUAUUUUCCCUUCGCAGGAUCCUACUGGUGAUCCGGAAAACUGGUCCCACGAAGAAUGUUCCCGCUGGCUCCGAAAUCGAAACCUCCAUCCCUCACCUCUAGCCACGACAGCCGAGUUGCUAGAGCGCGUGAAGGCGAAUAUGCGGGCUCCACGCUCGUAGUUUUUGGAAGCUCUCAGGAAAGUUCUGAUUAUCUCUGCGAAGGAGGGCUCUUUGGCCGGCCUCCCCACCUGCACCUACGAUAUUUUCCCCGAGAUCCUUCUCUACACCCUGUGAUUCUGUUCUCUUGUAAACCCAGGUUAAGAAAUUGAUACCCAUUCGCACUUUGUAGCUCGCU